UGUUUCGAACGUAAUUGGCAUCUUCUUCGUCUUCGUCUUCGUCUUCUUCGUCACCAUUUUCUCUACGAAGAGACAUUUACAUACAAACAUACGAUCAAAGGCUAUCUAUCUAUAUAUAUAUAUAUAAAUCUACACGUUUCAUUUGCUCUCGAGAGUUUGAAGUUUCUCGGAUUGAUUCCUAGAGUUUUGGAAUCUCUAGCACACCAAGAAGACGAUACGUAGACUCUGGAUCUGGUUCCCCCUUUGAAAUUUUCAAGUUAGUUAAAGGAGCUUGUGGCCCUCAGGGUUUGAUGAGAUGAAGGCAGCUAAGAGGUGGAGUCUUGGAAACCUACGGGACAUGGCGUCUUCUUUGCCUGGACCUCGCCACCGCGCUCCUUCAAGGAGACGAGCGCGAGUAUAUAUCAUCAUGGCCCUCUCACUCAUCGCCUUCUUUGCUGUCAUCGCUUACAUGUACCCUCACCACAGCAAACGUGCUUGUUAUAUGAUAUCCUCGAGAGGAUGCAAGGCUUUAGCUGAUUGGCUCCCGCCUUCUCUGAGGGAGUAUUCUGACGAUGAGAUUGCAGCUCGCGUUGUGAUUAGUGAGAUAUUGAGUAAUCCUCCUGUGAUUAGAAAAGAUUCCAAGAUUGCGUUUAUGUUCUUGACUCCUGGUGCGUUGCCUUUCGAGAGGCUGUGGGACAGAUUCUUCCAGGAACAUGAAGGGAAGUUUUCUGUUUAUAUUCAUGCAUCAAAGGAAAGGCCAGUUCACUACAGUCGUUACUUUGUCAACCGUGAGAUUCGCAGUGAUGAGGUGGUGUGGGGAAGAAUAUCAAUGGUUGAUGCAGAGAGACGGUUGUUAGCUAAUGCUCUUAGAGACCCUACAAACCAGCAAUUUGUUUUACUCUCUGAUAGUUGUGUACCUCUUCGAAGUUUUGAAUACAUUUACAACUACCUCAUGUACAGCAACGUCAGCUAUGUUGACUGCUUUGACGAUCUAGGUCAACAUGGGUCAGGCAGGCAUAUGAAUCACAUGCUGCCUGAAAUUCAGAAGAAGGAUUUUCGAAAGGGUGCACAGUGGUUCACCAUGAAGCGACAACAUGCUGUAGCAACUAUGGCAGACAGUCUUUACUACUCCAAGUUCCGGGAUUACUGUGGGCCAGGUAUAGAGAACAACAAGAAUUGCAUAGCUGAUGAACACUAUCUGCCAACAUUCUUUCAUAUGCUUGAUCCCACUGGCAUUUCUAACUGGACUGUAACACAAGUUGAUUGGUCUGAGAGAAAGUGGCAUCCCAAAACAUAUAUGCCUGAAGAUGUCACACACGAGUUACUAAAUAACCUCACGUCUACUGACACAGUCGUACAUGUCACAAGUGUUGGAGUGGGUGAAGAGAUAUGGAUGCCUUGUAUGUGGAACGGAAUCAAAAGACCUUGCUACUUGUUUGGAAGGAAGUUCCACCCGGAUACGCUCGACAAGCUGUUGGAUCUCUUCUCAAAUUACACAAAAUCAGUCUCUUGGCAACUGUGAUUUAAAAGGGUAUAUCUUCUUCUAUACACUCAGAUUCUUUGACCAACGUUCGGUUCCUCAUCCGCAUGACCUUUGAAGAGUAUUCUCAGAAAGAUCCAUAGAAGCUGUAACACUAGAUGUCUAGAAGAAGCUUUAGGAGGUAUUGAGAACUUCUUUCAAUUGAUACUUCAUUUGGUUAGAGGGAGACGAUGGUUUAAUUUUUCUUUCUCUCCUCUGCUUUUCGGUAUAUCUCAUAUUGUUUACUUCAAUUGUUGUGAAAAAAAAAGAGAAUUUUCGUCUU